AGUUUAAGACCGAGCUUGGAAAGGAAAUAGUGUGUCACUCAUGGCACAAAGAACAGUCUUGAAGGUUGAUAUUUCAUGCGAGAAAUGCAAGAAAAAGCUUCUAAAAGCUGUGUCUACACUUGAAGGUGUAGAUAAGAUUGAAGCUGAUCAAGCGAAGGGAACAUUAACGGUAACAGGAAAUGCAGACCCGUAUGAGAUAAUAAUGCGUACAAGAAAAACAGGGAAACAUGCAGACGUAGUGAGCAUAGGGCCACCUCCGGCACCACCAAAACAAGAUGGGCAAAAGAAGCCACAAGAGAAGAAACCGGAGGAGAAGAAGCCGGAGGAGAAGAAGCCCGAAGAGAAGAAGCCUGAAGAGAAAGCCCAAAUCCAUGAUCCACACACUUGUCAUCAGUGUCGGCAAGUAUAUCUCAUGCCCAUGCCAAUGUCAAUGGCCCCAUGUUAUGAGCCCAACCCAUCAUGCUCCGUCAUUUUCUUACCAUUAGAAGUUUUCUGCAUUGGAACGGCUGAUACAAAGCUUGAUGAGCUCAAGUUUCUUUCUGAAUCUGUCCGGUCCAAUAUUAACUCCUUCACUGACAUCUCUUCCUUCAAGGUAGAAGUAGUGGUUGUUGAUGUCAGUUGUGGUGAGAAGGAGACCAAGGAUUUAGCAGAUUUUAUCUUUGUGCCAAGAAAGGAUGUUCUAGCUUGCUAUUUUGGAUCCAUUGAGAAAUCCCCGAGGAUUCUUACAGAUGAAAGAGGCAAAGCUGUUGCAACAAUGAGUAAAGCACUUGAAUAUUUCUUGAAGAAAGCUCAGGAGGAUCAGGUCCUUGCUGGAGCAAUUGGCCUUGGAGGCACUGGAGGCACAUCUCUGAUAUCAUCUGCUUUCAGGUCCCUUCCACUUGGAAUGCCUAAGGUCAUUGUAUCUACUGUUGCUAGUGGUCGAACUGAAUCUUACAUUGGAACCUCAGAUAUGAUACUGUUUCCAUCUAUAGUAGAUAUAUGUGGGAUCAAUGGUGUUAGUAGGGUUGUGUUAUCAAAUGCUGGAGCUGCUUUUGCCGGAAUGGUGGUUGGAAGGCUUGCAACCAGUAGACAAGAUUGUAGCAAUAAUGAGAAGUUCACUGUUGGUUUAACCAUGUUUGUAGUUACAACUCCAUGUGUAAAUGCUGUCAAAGAAAGAUUGGCAAAAGAAGGCUAUGAAACCAUGGUUUUCCAUGCAACUGGGGUAGGAGGCAGGGCAAUGGAGAAUCUAGUUGGUGAGGGUCUUAUUCAGGGCGUGCUGGAUAUUACCACGACAGAGGUUGCAGAUUUUUUGGUUGGAGGCAUUAUGCCCUGCGAUAGUUCCCGCUUUGAUGCUAUCAUAGAGAAGAACAUUCCUUUUGUAUUGACAGUAGGAGCCUUGGACAUGGUGUCCUUCGGAACUAAGGAUACCAUACCUUCGAGAUUCCAACAUAGAAAGAUUCAUAUCCACAAUGCACAGAAUUCAAUCGUCCGGACCACAGUGGAUGAGAAUAAGAACUUUGCUGAAUUUAUAGCUGAUAAACUCAACAGGUCACCAUCAUCAAAGUUCCGUGUUUGCCUGCCACAAAAGGGUGUCUCGGCUUAUGAUGCACCUGGGAAGCCAUGUUAUGAUCCAGAGGCUACUUCUACACUAAUAAAUGAAUUUCAGAGGCUUGUACAGACUACAGACGAUCGGCAGGUAAAGGUGUAUCCAUAUCAUAUCAACGACCCCGAUUUCGCAAACGCAUUGGUCGACGCGUUCUUAGAGAUUAGCCCAUCGCACCCCAAGGAUUCCGUGGGGCAUCACACAUAG